AUGCUAAGACCACAAAAAGAGUCUUUUGUUGGGUAUUUAUUACAAGGUAAGGUAUGGAAACAUCCAAAAAGCGCCACACGUCGGUCUCAACUUCCCCGAGGCCUAUCGAAAACCUGGGAACAAAGGUUAGAAGAGCGACGUGCACAACAGGCCGUAAAAGCAUUACAAAAAGAAUUGAAAGAAGAAAAAGAAGCCAAGAAACAGAGAGCACGUGAGGCGUUACUAAAAAGACGAAAAGCAGCAGAGGAGAAAGAAAGAUUAGAGAAAUUGGCAGCGAUGUAUUCGUCAAAGAAACUAAAACGACUACAAAAGAAGAAAGGCAGACAUAAGUAA